AUGUCUAAAAAGGAGAUCGGCAAUUACACUAUCGAGAGAGAACUCGAUCAAGGAGGGUUUUCGAAGGUGUAUCUUGCCCGCCACAAUGUGAUAGGCGAAAAUGUAGCAAUUAAAAGAAUUCGAAAAGAAAAUUAUGAGAAAGAUAAAAUCAUAAGAGAAGUCAAAUUAAUGCAAUCAUUAGAUCACCCAUUUACAGUUCAAUUUUUUGAAUUCAUGGAAGAUGAUAAUUACUAUUAUAUUGUCAUGGAAUAUGUUAGAGGAACAACAUUAUUAGACCUAGUUAACCACUCAGGAAAAAUACCUGAGUGGAAAAUACGCCACAUAUUUGUGGAAUUAAUCUCCACGCUUCAGUAUCUUCACGAAGACCUUAAAAUGGCACAUAGAGAUAUUAAAUUAGAAAAUAUCAUUUUUGACACCUAUGGAAAUAUAAGGCUUAUAGACUUUGGACUUGGAAACACAUUUCAACAGACAGAUGGCAUUUUGCAGACAGCAUGUGGAUCACCUGCAUAUGCUCCACCAGAAAUGUUCCUUAGAAGGCCUUACACCAAUGCUGCAGAUAUUUGGAGCGCAGGAUGUGUGAUUUAUGCCCUUGCAACCAAUACUCUUCCGUUUGAUGAGACAAAUGCAAAACUACUUGCCUCAAAGAUCGUUUAUCAAAAUCCAACAUAUCCAGAAGAGUUAAAACCAUCUCUUGUUGAGCUUAUUUCCAACUGCUUAAAUAAGGAUUCUUCAAUGCGUCCUUUACCACAAGAUAUUUACAAAUACGAAUGGGUUAGCGUAUAUCCAAACUCACAAUUAUUCUCUCCAGAGUUCGGUAUUGCCGAAGGAUGGAGAAAUCCAACAGGAAAUCCACUCGUCGAUGAAACAGUCGUUGAAGAGCUAAAUCAUUACGGUCUUGACUCAUCGAAAGCUGUCGAUGAUUACUUAAAUGGCAAUUUCACUGCAGAUGCUGCCGGAUAUAGAAUUCUUAAACGUCAGAAAGUUACUUUCCAAAUGGAAAGACUUUACGAAGAAGCAGAUAUAUCAAUGAAAGCUACAAUACAUAGAAAACAACAUUUAUCACUUACACCGAACGUUUUGACUCCAAUUCGUCGUCCAUCGCCAAAUACAAGAAAUAAAUUCAGCUUCGGAAAAGCAAUGAAUCCGGUUACAGGAGUUUCGAAAUUCUCAGCUACUGUGAAGCUUUCUAAUAGAAUGAACUCCAUGAAACCGAAAAUUCUUGCUUUAUCUCAAUUACCAGCUCAAUCACCUCAAUGA